AUGCCUGCCUCAGAGAUCGACGAGAUUUUUGCUUCCAAAGGCAAAUCCUCUGCUCCCAAGCCCUCUUCUUCAGCUCCAUCUACAGAUACACCACCAAAGAAGACGAAGAAGAGCGGAAAGAGGAAGCGGGAAGCCAAAGGCGAGACUGAAGUCAGGGACGAAUCGGAGAGCAAAAAAUCUACCAAACGUCGAGUCCCUGAAACCGUCCUCGAUCCUUCCGCUCGCAUAGCUGCCCCUGCCACUAGCAAUAAGUCAACAAAGUUGCAAAAUAUUGCCAGCGACAGUGCCGCAAAGAAAAAGAGUAAAAAGGCCAUAGAGGUCGAGGAUCGCUUCAAAGAUUCAAGGGGCACGGGAUCGAGACGCACAACGGAGGAAGGGUUCGCGAUAUACAAGGAGAGCGAUCUCGGGAUCACAGAACAGGGUGGAAAUACGCCGUUGUGUCCGUUUGAUUGCCAGUGUUGCUUUUAA